UGAGUACAAAUUACUCUUCAAUAGUUUUUCUCACCUGAAGGGUUAGAAAAAUGGUCGCGCGCGAUUUUUCUAUACGGCAAAUUCCUUACGCGCGACUUCUUCACGUACCCGACGAAGACGACUUUACGAUACUCGAUGAAUCCAAUCCGAACCAACUUAACCAACUGCCGCAAUUCGGCAACGCUUUCUACGAAACGACAAACGUAACCGACGAUCCUUGCGGGUCAUCGCUGACGUACCAAACUUUAAACCACUGCAGCGGCUCAAAUUCAAGUGGCACGAUGGAAUUUCACGUUAAUAGUCCAGUAAUUGCUACGAAUAGGAAACGAAAGGUGUCCAUUCAUGAAAAAGGCGAUUUUGAUGAAGACGAUUCUAAAUCCACGAAAACCGUCGACGAUAAUAAAAAACAAAACCAUAGCGAAAUUGAAAAAAGGAGGCGAGACAAAAUGAAUACGUACAUAACGGAACUAUCGUCUAUGGUACCGAUGUGCAACGCAAUGUCGAGGAAAUUGGAUAAGUUGACGGUGCUGAGGAUGACGGUGCAGCACAUCAAGUCCAUAAGAGGAAGUUCGCAUUCCUACGCCGAGGCUCACUAUAAACCCUCGUUUUUGUCGGACCAAGAACUGAAGGAGUUAAUUUUACAGGUUGCAGAUGGAUUUCUAUUCGUUGUUGGUUGUGAUCGAGGCAAAAUUUUGUACGUAUCAAAGUCCGUUUCGAAAAUUCUAAACUACUCCCAAGGGGAUCUAUUGGGCCAAAGUUGGUUCGACAUCCUACAUCCCAAGGAUAUAGUCAAGGUGAAAGAGCAACUGUCUUCGUUAGACUUGAAUCCGAGAGAGCGACUAAUCGACGCUAAAACUAUGCUACCCUUAAAAGCCGACUUACCGCACGGUGCUUCUCGAUUAUGCCCCGGCGCACGACGGUCGUUUUUUUGUCGGAUGAAAAGCAAACUAGUGGGGCAAAUGAAGGAAGAAGCUGACACUACGACCGGGGGUCAUCGAAGAAGGAAGCAUUCUUCCGAUAAGCAGUAUAGCGUUAUCCACUGCACUGGAUAUUUGAAAUCUUGGGCACCAGUAAAAACCGCGGUCGACGAUCAUGAAAGUGAAGUUGACGAAACCUGCAACCUUUCCUGCUUGGUGGCCGUUGGACGAAUUCUACCCAAAAUACCAUCACAACUGGCCCAGAACAAACUACCAGUGCGCCCAGUGCAAUUCGUAUCACGACACGCAAUGGACGGCAAGUUCAUUUACACGGAUCAAAGGGCAACCUUGGUCUUGGGCUUUCUUCCGCAAGAACUUUUAGGGACGAGCACUUACGAGUACUACCACCCCGAUGACAUCGCCACGUUGUCCGAAUGUCACAAAACCGCCCUGCAGAGUUUAGAGACUGUAAAUACGGGCGUGUAUCGCUUUCGCACCAAAGACGACGGAUUUGUUCGUUUACAAAGUGAAUGGAAGGCCUUCAUGAACCCCUGGACUAAAGAAAUUGAUUACCUGAUAUCGAAGAAUAGUCUAAUUCUAGCGGAUGCAGGUACUGUUGAGAGCAGCGCCGGACAGGCCGAUGGUUUACAGGGGAACUACCAAACAUUCGUUAACGUGAAUGGCAAAGAAACACGUAGAAUACUAGAUAACCAAAUCGAAACUAGUAAAAUCGGUUCUAAAAUUGCAGACCAAGUUCUGGACCUUCAGAAACACGACAGAACAACUUCCUCUAGAGGUAGCUCGGAAAAAAUCUUUCGUCAUCAAAGAUCACAACUGCAGGAAAACGGAAGAGAUAAUCUCUUGGAAACUAUUUGCAACGAUCCCGUUUUAGGCGGGGGUACCGACGACGAAAUAAUCGAGAUGAUGGAGGACGCGGUUAGAGAUUCGCCCGGAAAUGGACCACCCACCAACGGAAAUGACGAGGCGGCAAUGGCAGUUAUAAUGAGCUUGCUGGAAGCAGAUGCGGGACUUGGAGGUCCUGUGGAUUUUUCAGGGCUACCAUGGCCACUACCCUGACCUUUUACUCCGGCAAGUUGAUACCUACCAUAAACAGAAGCCAAACUUGUCUCUAUAUAAAUGGGAAAACUAAUUGUCAAUUAAUUGUUGCUGUGAUGUAGUAAGCGUUAAUCUGGUAGUUAAAACAAUGUGAUUAGCAAAAUAAAAUAAAAGAUCAAAUAUUUUGAGUGGCCGAAAUGUGCAGCGGGUACGUUUCUUUGUAAUAGAACCUAAUCGCAAUA